AUCAUUUUAGCGGCGCACCGCCAGAUUGAACUUUCACCCCUACGUUUUCUUUUGUUUUGAUGGCGCAGAGCAUCAUUUUGGCCCUCCAAAGAUUGUUUUUGCACUUCAUUCGCCAAUGACACAGUCCAAAAAGACAAAAGGAGCAUGUUUAAAAGACGUCAGUCCAGCUGCCGCUCAAAUGUAAAGCUCGUUUAAAUCCCGUUUUAAUUGAUCCAGUCGCGCUAACUCGCUGACGUUAGCUGUCCAGCAUCACCAUGGAGCUUUUCUCGGUCAGAUUUUUCUAAAAACUCCUUAAAUAAGGGGUUCGUCAGUCAACAAAUCCAGCAACCGAGUGUGGUUUUAAUUCAGCUGACACCCUUGAAAAGCCUGUUUGACCACAGUGGAAGACUCUAGAUCUUCAAUGGGCGAGGAGAAGCCAGAACCACUGGAUUUCGUGAAGGACUUUCAGGAGUACCUGAGCCAACAGACCCAACAUGUCAACAUGAUAUCAGGCUCUGUCAUCGGUGUGAAAGACAGUGAUGAUCUGCAAGGAGAACUUGCUCAGAAUGGCCUGGAGCACCCAGCAGUAGACAUGUCCUUAGAGGACAGUUCAGGGAUGUUGGUGGAUGGCUUUGAGAGGACAUAUGAUGGAAAACUCAAGUGCCGCUACUGCAACUAUGCCACCAGGGGGACUGCACGACUUAUUGAACACAUACGCAUACACACAGGUGAAAAACCACACAGAUGCCACCUGUGUCCUUUCGCCUCGGCCUACGAGCGCCAUCUAGAGGCUCACAUGCGCUCUCACACAGGUGAGAAACCCUACAAGUGUGAGCUGUGCUCCUUCCGCUGUAGCGAUCGCAGUAACCUUUCCCACCACCGUCGUCGUAGACAUAAACUCCUCCCAAUGAAGGGCGCCCGCUCUGCUCUUUCCCAUCGGAAGAUGCUCAGCGUCCUGCAGAAGAGAGGAAACUCUUUAGGUUAUGGCCGCCGACUGCUCAUCAACCUCAGCCCGCCAUCCAUGGUCUUGCAAAAGCCCAGCUCUGAGCAGCACCACCUGGGGGACUUCACUCACGACCUCCCUCCUCACGCUCACCUUCAUCAGGAAGCUUAUAACGGUCUAGGAAAGGAUCCACAAGCAAUCGGUGGAGCAAUCGGAAGUGGUUCUAGAGAAGACCAGGAUAUGGCAUUAGACAACCCACUGAACCAGCUUUCAACAUUAGCCGGACAGUUAGCCAGCAUCCCAUCUGAAGCUGAAGGUGCGCCUGUGUCUCCCGGAGCUGAAUCGCUACCUGAUGAAAAACCUACAUUCCUCGUCCAGCAGCCUGUAACAGCGCCCGCUGCGGUUUCGGUCAACACAGCUCAAGCUUCUUCUCCCAUCACCCCAGAGCCCAGACCAGCUGCACACAGCGGCUGCAGUCCAGGUGUGGGACCCUGCAGCGAGAGGACCAGCACUCCGAGCGGAACCAACAGCCAGCCAGGGACGCCCACUCCAGUACAGGACCCCCAGAUGCUCCAUCACUGCCCACAUUGUCACAUAUAUUUCCCAGAUAACAUCCUCUAUACCAUUCACAUGGGCUGCCAUGGCUAUGAGAACCCUUUUCAGUGUAACAUAUGCGGGCACAGGUGCAGAAACAGUUAUGACUUUGCCUGUCACUUCGCAAGAGGGCAGCACAAAUAAGGACACACACUAGGGUUUUACCGGCCUCCUCUUUGCCCUGUUUUACAUAAUAAUGCGAUUUUAGUAUCAGGAACAUUCCAAAGACAAAUUCGGGUGAGCCUGCGUUGUUCUUAUUUUAUUUGAACUCUUAUUGGCAUGUUAUUUGUCUUUGUAAAGGUUGUAAAUGGUGUCCUCCUCACAUUAAAAACUAUCAAUAUAGAUUAUCCGACUUUUGCAGUCAUGCAGAUUUUUUGCCUCAACUCUCUUUUAUAAGUGCCAGAGUUUGAUAAUCAGUGCCUACAGUUAUUUUCUGAAAGUUAACACUUCAAAUUUUGUAUUUUCUUUUGCUUUUUUACAUUUGGACUUCUGAAUGACUGUAAAUGUUCUCAUGUUUUAGUCGUGACAUGACCUUCGCCACAUUUAACACUUUUCCUCUUCUCUAAUUACGGAUUAAAUUAUUAUUUGCUUUGUGCCUCAUUAUUUAAACUUAACUUAAUUCAGCAAGAUUGUGAUUGAAGAUGAACAUUUCUAGCAGAGGUAAGUACGUUGGCUGUUUAGCAGUAAAAAAAACGUGUCCUGUAGGAUUGUUGUUCAAGAUUUUACUGUAGUGGCCUAAGGUCUUCUUCUCCAUACUUAGCACCAUAGCACAUGGCUGUAUACACUGGUUUUGUAAAGCAGUGUUGAUGAUUGUGUUCGGACGGUGUAAGCGCACGGUUCUCUUUCUUUCUGUCAUUCUCUCUCCCUCAUCGCUACCAUCAGUGCCAUGCUGUAGAUGUUAUUUGUAAUGUUUUUGGAAACAUUUGUGGUGCUACUACUAUUGAAGCGUUUCAUAUUCCUGUCUGCAUAAUGAACUAAAUUAUCAGAUAAGUAUUGUAUGUUUUGGUGGAUUUGAUGUUGAAUGUCAAUAAACCUGACUUAUGCGAUGUGUACUGGAA